UGGGCUGAAAUUCUUCACCGCCGGACGAGGUUUGGCUGGGCACGCGCAGACAGAGGGGAACUUGCUGGUCGUCCAGUUGGCAAACUGACGAAGUUGUCUUCGGAAACUUGAAGGCUCAAAAACAUAAAAAAACAAAACAAAAACAAAAAACACUAUGACUUCGACGAACAUGUUUCAAGGGUUGGAUACUGGCGCAAAAACGAGUUCGCGGGUUUUGCAGCCUCCCGGAGGUGGCUCCAGUAACCUGUUCGGCGGCUAUGAAGAAGACUCUGCACCAUCGAGAAGACCUAAUAAGAUGGCCUCUAAAGUUUUUGCUCCACCAGAGCAGCCCCAGAGCGCACCCAGGCGCUCCAACCCCCCAGGUGGGAAGAGUAGUGGAAUAUUUGGUGAGCCUGAACCUCCAGCUCAGCCACAGAGACUUAACCCUCCAGGUGGACAGACCAGCAACAUAUUCGGAGCUGCAGAAAGUGCACCUGUCCAAAGUCCAAACCGAAGCCACCCAAAUAAGCCAAAGGACAAUCUAAGCGUGGGACCUGAACCUGAAAGACCAGCACCCGAACCCAAGGUCAGCCAGCCUGAGGUGAAGGAGGAAGCUGCUCCUCCAGCUCCCGUGCCAGCCAAGGAAGAGCCCGCCCCCGUCUCAGCUCCUCCUCCGGAGCCUGAGCCCGCCCCUCCCUCUUCCUCACCUCCUGAGGUGAGAGACGACACUAGUGAUCUGAAGAAGCAUGAGCCUCACCUGGGACCCAAGCCUCGCUCUCACAACAGGGUCCUCAACCCCCCUGGAGGAAAGUCUAGUGUGGUAUUCUACUGAUGGGCUGAACACACCACUCCUCCCAGUCUGUGUCCAUACACUCCUUGUCUGCUCCCCUGUUACUCUUCUCUCAUUCCAACCUCUCCCUCUCCCCACGGUUAUUUCACCUGAACAUCUAAACGCAGAGCAGGAUUUUUUGUUUUUAGUUCUUCACACCAGAUUCCUGGUCAAACAUGUUGUCCUCAAACUUCUUGCACUUUCAAAACUAUCUCUGGCUCCCAGCUCAAAUUCUUCUUCAAUGAAACCUGCAAUCAUACAAUCACCAACCGGCCAGUCAACAGGCUAGUUAGCGAUCACUUUGAAUGUGACACUGUUCAAUCUCAAUAUUGUGUGUGUUACUGUUUUUCACGGUUUUAAGCAUGUGUGUAAAUGUAAAUCGGUUUAAGGCACAAUUUAUUUGUCAUUUUUGCAUCUCAAGAAUGGAUCAGACGUUGGAGUGCGUGCUUGUUCAGCUUUAAAAAAAAAACAAAAAAAAAACAAGAUUUACAUGAUUUGUAACCAAAAUCAUCUGUGACAUUUGCUAAAUUCAGAGUGACCUUAAUGUGUAGGCGUUCAGUCAGGAGUGGGUGAAUAAAUGUUACCGAUAACGUUAAAAUGUUUCAGGGAGUUCCACUCGUGCCAGAUCCUCUAUCGGAUGACUACGUAAAACCUUUUUGUUUUGGCCGUGUUAGACGACAUCUACCGACUGUAUAAUCAGAAGCCUUAUAUUAGCUCAGCAUUUUUCAUCUCUUCUUGCCUUCUCAUGAAUUAUUUCUUCAUGGUUUCCUUCUCUAGAUGCCAAAAAUUGACCUCGAAACAAAGAUGAAUCCAGUUGUUUUGCCUACUUCCAAAUGUUUCUGCUUCCUUAAAUUCCAUUUUAAUUUUAUGCUCUUGUGUCAUGCAGGUCCUUUUCUGCUUCUUCCUCAUUGCUUGCUUUAUCUGAAAACAUGCCUUCUUUUCUUUUCCUUUUUUUUUUUUUUUUUUUUUUUUUGCUUGGGGUAGGCCUUUGUUUAUGUUUUAAAUUAAAACGGCUGAAGACAAGUGAACUCUGGACAAGUGUGUGUGGUCUACCUGUGUCCAGGUGGGCUCAUUGAUAAUCACCUCUUCACCCAACUUCAUGAUGCACAUUUAUGGUAUUCUGGUGCCGGCCUGUCUCCCCCUGUGUGUUGAUGUGCCUGGCAGGCAAUGAGCACAACAGAAGAAAGAAAUCCUGUGUAUUGCAAUAAAACUGUUGUUUUGCAUUUA